GGGAUUACGGCUUAGGGCGGAGCCACGCUGACUUCUGCCCCGGAAGUUUUUCCUCUCAGAGAGGCGCGCAGAUUUAGCCGGCUUUGCCGUUGCUUCGCCCAUGCUACUUUCUGAUCAUGUCGUCUAAGAAGAACCGAAAACGGCUGAACCAAAGCGCGGAGAAUGGUUCGCCGUCUCUCUCUGCAGCUUCUUCACCUGCUGGGGCCUCGGCUCCUGCUGGGCCAGGCUCCGCGGCGGCGGCCGGAACUCUGGCAGUGACGAACUUCAUAGAAAAGGAUGACAAAGUUCCUAAAACAUUCCGGAAUUCCCUUGUUCAGUUUGGACUCAACACUAUGAAGUCUGCAAAUAUAUGUAUAGGCCGGCCAGUGUUGCUUACCAGUUUGGAUGGAAAGCAAGAGGUCUAUACAGCCUGGCCUGUGUCAGGAUUUCCUGGAGGCAAAGUUGGCCUGAGUGAAAUGGCACAGAAGAAUGUGGGUGUGAAGCCUGGUGAUGCCAUUCAGGUCCAGCCUAUUGUUGGUGCUGUGCUGCAGGCUGAGGAAAUGGACGUGGCAUUGAGUAACAAAAAUAUAGAGAUUAAUGAAGAAGAACUGACUGGUUGUCUUCUGAGAAAACUAGAUGGCAAGAUUGUUUUACCAGGCAACUUUCUGUACUGCACAUUUUAUGGAAAACCAUGCAAGUUGCAAGUGUUGCGAGUGAAAGGGACAGACGGCAUGAUACUGGGAUGGCCUCAGAACGACUCUGAUACUGGUAACCAGGAAGUGACCUCUAAACAGUCCAGCAUGGAAGCCAGCAGCCUGGAUAUGGCCUUACAGCUAAGCCGGUUAGGUCUGGAAGAGCCCUGGGAGCCGGCAUCAAGCAGUACUCCUUGCAAGCCAGUAGAUGACAGAAUUAUCAAUAAAGCUGAUGACAUUUUGUUGGAUGUUGCACAGAAUCCUGGGGAACAUAGUGGACUUGGGCUACAGGAAGUCACAGGUCUUAAAUGUAGUGUUGAGUCUGCAAGAGAAGGAAAUGAACAACUUAUCAAUGAAGAGAGAUUGCUAAAAGCAGCCAGCAUGGGAGCAAAAUGCAACACUGAUAAUUUUUAUUUUAUUUCUUCAACAACAAGAGUCAAAUUUGCUAAGAUUCGUACAAAUUCAAAAGAGCAAGACAACCAAUUCAAAGUAACCUAUGACAUGAUAGGAGGCUUGAAUAGUCAGCUGAAAGCAAUUAGAGAAAUAAUUGAAUUGCCUCUCAAACAGCCUGAACUUUUCAAGAGUUAUGGAAUUCCUCCCCCCAGAGGAGUGUUACUGUAUGGCCCUCCAGGUACUGGAAAGACAAUGAUUGCCAGGGCUAUUGCUAAUGAAGUUGGAGCCUAUGUUUCUGUAAUUAAUGGUCCUGAAAUUAUUAGCAAAUUUUAUGGCGAGACUGAAGCAAGGUUACGUCAGAUAUUUGCUGAAGCCACUCUGCGACACCCAUCAAUUAUAUUUAUUGAUGAGCUAGAUGCACUUUGCCCUAAGAGAGAAGGGGCUCAGAAUGAAGUGGAAAAAAGAGUUGUAGCCUCACUCUUAACACUGAUGGAUGGCAUUGGUUCAGAAGGAAGUGAAGGACAAGUGUUGGUCCUUGGGGCCACUAAUCGCCCUCAUGCUUUAGAUGCUGCACUGCGAAGACCUGGCCGAUUUGAUAAAGAGAUUGAGAUUGGAGUUCCUAAUGCUGAGGACCGUUUGGAUAUCCUCCAGAAGCUGCUUCGAAAGGUACCCCAUCUGCUCACUGAAGCUGAACUGUUGCAGCUGGCAAAUAGUGCUCAUGGAUAUGUUGGAGCGGACCUGAAAGCCUUGUGUAAUGAAGCAGGUCUGUAUGCUUUACGGAGAGUCCUGAAGAAACAGCCCAACUUACCUGACAGCAAAGUGGCUAGAUUGGUGAAGAUUACUCUGCAUGAUUUUUUGAAGGGGAUGAAUGACAUCAGGCCCAGUGCCAUGAGAGAGGUGGCAAUUGAUGUCCCAAAUGUAUCCUGGUCAGAUAUAGGAGGACUGGAAAAUAUCAAACUGAAAUUGAAACAAGCUGUGGAGUGGCCCUUGAAACAUCCAGAAUCUUUCAUCCGGAUGGGUAUACAGCCACCUAAAGGAGUUCUCCUGUAUGGGCCACCUGGAUGCUCUAAAACAAUGAUAGCAAAGGCUUUGGCCAAUGAGAGUGGACUUAAUUUCCUAGCUGUAAAGGGGCCUGAAUUAAUGAAUAAAUAUGUUGGUGAGUCUGAAAGAGCAGUUAGAGAGAUCUUCAGAAAAGCGAAAGCAGUUGCUCCUUCAAUUCUUUUCUUUGAUGAACUUGAUGCCUUAGCAGUUGAAAGGGGCAGUUCUUCAGGUGCCGGGAAUGUAGCAGACCGUGUUUUGGCUCAGCUCUUAACAGAAAUGGAUGGGAUUGAACAGCUAAAGGACGUGACCAUUUUGGCAGCUACUAACCGCCCAGAUAGGAUAGACAAGGCUUUGAUGCGGCCUGGGAGAAUUGAUAGAAUCAUCUAUGUGCCUUUACCAGAUGCAGCAACAAGAAAGGAAAUAUUUAACCUGCAGUUUCGCUCUAUGCCAAUCAGUAAUGGGGUUGACCUAGAUGAACUCAUCCUCCAAACAGAUACAUAUUCAGGAGCAGAGAUUAUAGCUGUCUGUAGAGAGGCAGCCCUUCUGGCUCUAGAGGAAGACAUUCAAGCCAAAUGCAUCAUGAAGAAACAUUUUACUCAAGCCUUGAGCACUGUGACACCUAGAAUUCCUGAAUCGUUGAGACGUUUUUAUGAAGAUUAUCAAGAGAGGAGCGGGCUGCAUACACUCUGAGAAAAUUUGUAUCUUCAUUAUGCUAAAAUACUCUUUCUAUAGAAAACAUUUUUUGUUUUGUUAAUUUUGUCUUGAGAGUGUCAAAAAAAUUCCUUAAUAGGUAAAAUGUCUGAAAUAUGUUUGCUGGAAUUGGGGGCCUAUAGUUCUUAUCAGUAUUUUAAGUCAUAUGGUUACAAUGAAAAUAUCUCUGGACAUGAGUUUAAGUCAGUUUUAACUGGAAAUGUGUACUGGUUUUUAAAAGACAAACCUUUAGCUUUUUCGUUUUUGAGCUGGUUUGUUCACCCCAUGGAAUGCGUUCGUUACUCCAGAAACUGUUUCAGUACCUUCCUAAAUCUAAACCUGAGGACAUAGAUUUCAUACAAGAAUAACAUAGGAAAGUUUAGAAAUUGGGAGUGGAUGAAUGUAUGGUGAAAAUUUACAAGUCUUUAUUUUUGAUGGCCAGCCAGGUUUAUUUGUCUUUGUUUCCAAAUAUGUAUUUGUUCUCAUUAUAAUUACACACCUACAUUUUUGCUUUAGCCUUCUUAACCUGUACUGAUGGCAAAGAAAAAGAGUUAAGAGUUCUUUUAUAUAAUAUAAUAUCCUUUGAAAGCUUGAAAAAUUGUAAUUGUAAGCCCAGUCUAGGCCUAGAACAGUAGGCUUGUUUUGAUUUUUUUCCCCCACAAAAUGCGAUAAAUAAAUCAUAUGAAGUGUACAUGUUUUAACUUGUACGCAUUUUCAAGUUACCAGUAAAUGUUUUCAGUUCAAAGAUAACUAAAUUGUACUCUUAAUCAUUUCUCUUAGGUUACAUUCUAAAUAUGUGUAGUUAUGCUGUUAGUUAUUUAUCUUUAGGAUUUCUUGACACUUUAAUACUCUUGAAAACACUGUUGGAAAAUGAUUCCCUGACUUCCAGUUCAGAAGCUGGCAAUGGAAAGAAUGUGCACUUAAACCUGGUCACUGUAGAUCUUUGAAAAUUCCCAGAAAAACAAGUCAGGUGAGAAAUACCUGAUUAUCAAAAUAAUGUGCUAGGUAGCUUUGUGGUGGCAGAUAUUCUGAAGUCAUGUCUCAAGUAUUUCAUCCUUUGACCAUCAGAAAUAAAUUUAGAAGGUUUUGAUUUCCAGGCAAUAUUGGUUUACCAUUACAUAACACCGCCCAGGAGACCAAGAAUAUUACUACU